AUGACUGUCAAUCAACGGCGUCUAUUAAAAGUUCUUUUCAUUAGUUUUCUUUUAACACCAUCAACAAUUCUUGUUGAAGCGAUCGCUGGCCGGUGUUAUCUAUGUUCACAGAAGACACUAGCUGAAUGUGCUGGAAAUGCUCAACCGGAUUCACCACUCUAUCAUACGAUUCUUCAAUACUAUACAGAACCAUGCAACGGACAGUGUGUACUUUUUCGAAGUGAAGAUCUAUCAACUAUACGUGGAUGUUCAUGGACAUACGGACAUAUGACAGCGAAAUCAACCGGUUGGCAUGAGUUGACUCCCGGCAUACGGGCUUACUUUUGUGAUAGUUAUCUUUGCAAUAAUGGUACGUUUGAUCAACCAGAAAAGGCGAUAUUCAGUGAAGAAGCAGUGAACAAUGAAUUUCACCUACCACAACAAUUACCAAUCCUAUCUGGAAAUGCUCUUUCUCUAUUACCAAAUGGCCAACAUGUACCACCUAUCGACAAUCUACAUCAUCAAUUACGUCAGUGUUACUCAUGUACAGCUCAUCAAAAGGGUUGCAACGAAUAUCUCGAUCCACAUUAUGUGUCAACAUAUAUUCGUCCAUGUCCGGCAAGUUGUAUUCUCUUUCGAAACCCCAACGAUCAUAAUAUAUUGACACGAGAUUGUUCAAUAGCUUGGCCACAAGUACAUGCAAAGAAUGGUCUUCAUAAAUUACUCGGCUCAGACGCAUUCUUUUGUCAAGAAUCUUUAUGCAAUGGAAUCGGCUUUGAUUUGAUUAUGGGAAUUUUUCAUAAUCAAAUGCCCGCGAUCGUAACUUUUCCGCCAUCCCCUCCAAUCGAUAUUCCUUCCACAACAACGACAACGACAACAGUUGAAUCUUUUCCUUCUGAAGUCGUCACAGAUACGAUCUCAAUCGAUCCUACUAUGAAUACUGUCGAUGUUGAUGUUCAUUGGGAAGAUCCUGAUCUAGAUUUUGUUCUUGUUGAACCAACAGUAAAACCAACACCAGCUAUCCCAUUUGCGACCACUCCUCUUCCAUUAGCAAGCGACAUACCAGAUGAUGUCGAAUUUGUAGCCGAAACAUCCACAGUCUUACUUCCAUCAAUCGAACAUUUUGAUUUACUUGAUGAAAUCUUUCCGAGUAGCACAAUCGUCGGCGGCAUCGCUGUUGCUCAGCAAGAUCAAGAUUCUCAAAUCAAUUGGUGGGAUGUGGAUGAAGCUUCUUUACCGUCCGUAUCACAAUCAAAUCAAAUUCCUUUAGCAACAACAACAACUGCUUCAAACAUAUUCACAAUCAUUCCUUCAACCAAUAAACUAACCGAAUCCAAUGACGAUUAUGAAUGGAAUAUAUUCAAUACUACAUCUGUUUCAUUAGUUACACCUUUGAAUCAUCAAUCUGACUCGAAUUCUGAGAUUGAAUUUGAUAUGAAUGAUUAUUUCACUUUUCCAACAUCGUCCACAACCGCGAUCCUGAAUUUUAUCAAGAAUCAAACUCAACCGUUGCUUCCGUUUUAUUUUUCUGACGAUAACACAAAAGAGCAAUUAGCUGGAUUGAAUAAGCCUGCGUCAACACUGGCUGUACCACCAUUUUCUUGGAUGUUGCAAUUGGCAAAUCAACCGAAAAACGUACUACGAAGUCGACAAAGUAUACUCAGUAAAACUCUAACAACGAUUUCAACGGCGACUAUUAGUAAAAGAAAGAAUAAGAAAACAACACUAACAUUAAGGGGCAAAUCGAAUAAUCAAUUCGAUCAUUUCUAUGAAUUAUGCCAGAACAAACAAUGCAAGAACGGUGGUCGUUUAAACUCCGAUUGUUUAUGUAUCUGUUUACCGGCAUUCAGUGGAAAUCAUUGUGAAAUUGUUCAUUGUGAUCAAGAACCAACACAUAUUUGUGAUUUUGUACUUGAUCAUGAGUGUAAAAGUGAUUAUGUUCGUUAUCUAUGUCCGAAAUUUUGUCAGAUGAAUAUCUGUUCUACGAAUAAAUCCUCGUGA